UUUCCAGCGGUGCAUGAUGGUCAAUGUCGUUUUUCCGAACAGGUCAGCAGUUGUUUUGUUUAUUCAGGGCGGACCUUCUUUCUUUUCAGCAGGAAUCAAGGGUCUUGUUUUUUUUUUAACAUUUACGGACCUCCGUCGGACUGACAAUGGAAACUUGAAGAGCUGGAAGCCGUAAUUAAGCCGCGGCGCUGUUAUUUCCUGCUCGUCUGCGGCUUCCGGGCGAAAAAAGACGAAGAUGGCUCGAAAUGUGUUGUUUUCUAGGAUGAGGGAUCUUCAAGCCAUUGACAGCUUGCUCCUGAAAGAGUUGAAGUCAUGUCGUGCAAAAGAGUACAACUUUCUUCCCAGAGAGACCGGCCUGAGGAUGAUGGAGUCAGCUUCCACAGAGAAUCACAGUGGAGUGUCUGCAAAAUGCAGGGACACCAAAGUGGAAGAACUUUGGGGUCUGACCAGUUUCUUUGGCUACAGCACUCAAACAUUUGUUCAAGCGGUCAAUCUGCUGGAUAGAUUCCUCACCAUUAUGAAGGUGCAGCCCAAACACUUGCCCUGUAUCGGAGUCUGCUGUCUUCACAUUGCUGCGAAAAUGGUUGAGGAAGCGAACAAUGUCUCGCCCACCCAUGAGCUCAUUCGCAUCAGCCAAAGCAAGUUCACCGUGUCAGACCUGUGUCGCAUGGAGAAGAUCAUCUCGGAGAAGCUCAGCGUGGAGCCCGAAGCAGUGACAGCUUUAACUUUUCUUCGCCUCUACUACCCAACCUUCACAUUCCGGUCUGCUGGACGGGAGGAGAUCCCAAGCAUUGGGAGACUGGAAGCCCAGCUUAAAGCCUGCUUAUGCCGUCUUGUUUUCUCUAAAGCAAAACCAUCAGUGCUGGCACUGUCCCUCAUUGCUCAGGAGUUUGACGCCCUGCAGUCCAUCACCUUGUUGAAGAUUGUACAGCAAUUCCAAAGACACCUAAAGAUCGUCGACAGCGAGCUGCUCCACUGGAAGGAACUUGUGGCCAAAUGCAUGACUGAAUACCGCUCAAGCGAAUGUAACAAACCAGAUAACAAAAAGCUUGUUUGGAUCGUUUCCAGGAGAACGGCCCAGAAUCUGCAGGCCAAUCACUUCAGUGUGCCUGGCCUGCCAACUAUUCAUGAAGGGAUCUGGGACGAGCGUGAGAGUGAGGAGUCCUGUGAGGACAUGAGCUGUGGAGAGGACAGCCCAUGCGGCUCGCCAGGAAGUGACGGCGAAGGUGCCUUCUUCCCUUCCGCCUUUCUCAACCGCAAAAAGUGACGUGUCCUCGUUGUGCAGUACAGCUGCGGAUGCACGUUUUGUUUUUAAGGUAGUCACCAUGUUUCUGAGCAACCCUGAGUACCACCUUAGGUACGACAGGUGACGUGUUUCAAUCAUUAAGUGCCUGUGUUGAUUCAGUUUACUGUCUGUUUUUUUUUUUUUAUGUUAAAAAAAAAGAUAUAUACUUAUCGUAAAAAUGGAAAAAUUGCAAUAUCUUGGCAGCUUGAUGGUAAUGCCUCUGAAUGUCUUUUUUCGAGAUGUUCCCUUUGUGUUUUGUUUGUGUCCGAGCUUGGUACAUUCGUGGAAAAUCAGUGAAGCACACGGUAUCACUUGUGUCAGUCAUGAUACACUCACUGUUGAAUACCAGCUGACACACUAGCACACCCUCCAUCUUUUUUAACCCAGUUUCUACUCAAUAUCUACAUAUAUCCAGUAUUCUGCUAGAAUAUGUCAUACAUAUGCACAAUCCCAAUGUGACAUAUAGUACAUCUUUGUGUGAAAAUGCCAGACUGUUUAUGCAUGGAUGCAUUAAAAUAUGUGAUUUAUGAAUGGGUGUUGUUCAAGUUUACCAAAAUAAGCUUUAAAAAAGUUGAAAAAAAUGUAUAUAAAAUGUAAAAAAGAAAGAAGGAAAAAAAUGUUAUGUUUUGUGAACUCUACAUACUGUGUGUUGUAUUUUAAAUAUGAUGUGGAAGAUGUUGGAAGGGUCAGAAAUAGGAAUUUCCCUUCCAAAUAAAAAAAAAAGUGCUUUUCA